AUGGCCGACGGAAAGAUUGCCGCCGUUCAGGCAAAGCUCCAGUCCGAGUCGCGCGAGUUCCAGAAGCUCGAGAGCGAGAUGGCCGGUGUCAUUGAGGCUCGUCAGAGGUUGGACGCGCAGCUGUCUGAGAACCAGCAGGUGCUCAAGGAGUUUGGCACUCUCAAGUCCCACAACACCAUCUUCAAGCUCAUCGGACCCGCUCUCGUGCCCCAGGAGCAGGGAGAGGCCAAGGCCAACGUCGAGAAGCGUAUAGAGUUCAUCAAGACGGAGAUCGCGCGUAUUGAGGGUCAGAUUAAGGAGCACGAGGGCAUUGUCGCGAAGAAGCAGGACGAGAUUAUUACACUGCAGCGCGAGUUCCAGGCCCUCCAGGCGCCCAGCAAGGCGUAA